AUGCAGGGAAGCUCUGCCCCAGGCACUUUGGCGGUUAUAGCGCGUGCGUGCAUUCGCCCUGGUACUGUCGUGGCUCGUAUACCAUGUGUGUCCCUCCUGUGUGUCCCUUAUUGUGCCUUGUUUAAACUACCACUGUGCAAAAAGGCUCUGAAAAUAUGUAAACCCUCUCUAUGCCUUGCACUGUGCGUGCUCUAUGAGCAGUUACUCGGGUCCUCGUCAAGAUUUGAUAAAUACCUGCGACACUGUAGCCCAGUCUCUCUACCGUCGACCGAUGGAGCGUGGGAGGAUGACUCUUUUUUCGCAUACACAGAAGCUUGGCACAGACUAAAACGCCGCCAGCAUGCAUAUCAAGAGGGCCUCGACUAUCCAGGCACUUGCAGGGUGAGUUGGCAGCGGCUAACACAGAUGGAGCUCCACGAUUUCUGGCAGGCUUGGGCUCAACCUAUCCUCGGGCAGGCUCUUACACACACUCCUAGGUUCGAUGAAUUCCUAUCUGCAUUCUCCAUUGUUUCAUCUCGCGCAUUUAUCAUCGAUCUCUUUCAUGGUCUAUGCCUCGUACCUGUCGCAGACCUGUUUAAUCAUUCUGCCCCUAACAAUGUACAAGUGGAAUCUGAGUCAGAAGUUUGUAUGCAAUGUGGUUCAGCAACACACAUAUUCUGCAACCAGCGCCCCUGCGAUGUUCACCUUGGGCAGGUCGAAAUACGGUGUACCGCCACAAUAGAGGAGGGUGAUGAGGUGAUGAACUCGUACGGAGACUUGGGAAAUGCGGAGCUUUUGUGCCAGUAUGGGUUUUCUUUGCCUUUCAAGACAGGCUGGGACCGAUGCAGCUGGGAUAUCCGUGUACCCUACGAGCGCAGACUGGUUGCAAGCCUGUUGUGUGUGCCUGAGUCUAUUCUCUGCGAGGAUUUAACCAAACUAGAGCCUGUCGAGAAGUCCGAGUUUCAGCUCCGACAUAUGGAAGACGGAAUAGCACCGUGUUACGAAGACCAGGGAGCUGUCUAUGAUAUGGCACCGCUCUCACAUCCUCAUGAUCGACUCUGUCCUCUUUUUGUUGACGGACAUGGUCGUGCUAGCUGGCCUCUAUGGCGUCUCUGUCUCUGCAGCAAUACAAAAAUCUGCCAUGUGGAUGAAAUUCUGAGGGAUCCUAUGCUACCCGAGUGGGAGCGUCUCUGGUCGUCAACGCACGAUCCUCGUGUGGAUGCGCGUAUUACUGCAGCCUGCACAGUCAUGCAACGCCUAUGCGGGUAUCGGCUAGAGCAACUUUACGUCAAUUCACACGAAAAAGAUGUAUCACAGGCUCUCGAAAGUGAUGGACAUUACGUACGCCGUAGCAUCGUGUACCAUGCCCUCCAAGACAUGGACAUGCUCCGUGCGUGUUGGACACGCUAUGCUCCUCCAUCUGGUUGA